GAUCUCAUCAGCUUAAAAAACUAGUACUACUAUUAAGUACUGACAAACUUCCGCGCUCUCAACCGAGCUACCUUCCUUCUCCAAUCGCCCAUCAAGAACAAAAAUGGCCGUUUCUUCCUCCUCCGUCCUCUUCCUCUGUCUCCUCAGCCUUGCCCAACCCCUCCACAGCCUUUCCGCCUCGCCAUACCUCUUCCCCAGUACCCUUUUCGACAACUACGAAAAGAUGCUCACCACUUUCAGAAUUUACAUGUACACCCCGCAGAAGCCCUUCACCUUUACAACACCGCCGCUGUCUCUCUUCCACACCUCUCUCCUCAACAGUCCAUUUCUCACUCAAAACGCAGACGAAGCUCACCUCUUCUACAUUCCCUUUCCUCCAGACCUCUCCACGCGCUCGCGUGCGCGUCUUGUUAGACACCUCAGAAUCAUUUAUCCUUACUGGAACCGUACUCUGGGUGCUGACCACUUUUUCAUGGCGCCUAGCGGCGUUGACUCUUCGUCGGACCGAAACGCCGUCGAACUGAAGAAAAAUUCUGUUCAGAUUUCCAUUUUUCCGACCGCCUCCGGUAACUUUAUACCUCACAAGGACAUUACUCUGCCGCCUGUCAAUCCGUCGCCGCUCGCUCUAGUCCAGGGGCCAGGUAACGACACGGCGUCACACCUUGGCUUUAUGGUCUGGGAUGGGAAACUGCUAGAGUAUAAUUAUUUGGUCAACGAGAUGAAGAGAGAUCCUGAGUUUAGGAUUGAAUCCGAGCCAUCGGAUCACGUUGACUCGGUCAAAGACAGUAAGUUUUGCUUGUUUUUGUAUGGAGGGGAGAUGACGUGGAUGGUGGAGGCAAUGGCAUUGGGUUGUGUGCCUGUGGUGCUUGUGGACCGGCCGGUUCAGGAUUUCCCGUUGACGGACGUUUUGAGAUGGUCUGAUAUGGGUUUGUUGGUGAGGACACGUGGAGGUCUUAAGAGGCUGAAGGCAGUCUUGAAUGGCGUGGGCGGAGACAGGUACCAGCAAAUGAGGGAAUUGGGUGUGGCGGCGAGUCGGCAUCUAGUGUGGAACUUGGAACCGCAGCCGUACGAUGCGUUUCAUAUGGUGAUGUAUCAGCUGUGGCUUAGACGGCAUACUAUCAGAUACGCCCGGAGGGAAUGGGUUUAGCGUUUCUAGUUUAUACUUUUACUUAACUAAUAAUCACUUUGGAUUUCAUCGAUAUUAGAAAUUAAUUUCCGACUGGGGAAAAGUUUAUCUGUUUGGAGUUUUGUAUGCUCUGUUGCUUGUAUAAAAUCUUCCAUUCAGUAUUGCA